AUGAAACCAUUUUCGAAUGGUGAGUCUGUAAAAGAAUGUUUAGAUACUGGUGCAAAAGAUGUGCUGAAAAAUUUAAAUUUUCAAAUAUUAGCUUAUCUCAGCAAAAAGUUAUGUCAUCGAAUUACCCACAUUUCAAAGAAAAUAGUCACAAUAGAAGAAAUACUGAACCUGAUCAAUUUGAAGGACACUACAAAAGGAGAAGAUAUUUUUCAAGCUGUAGAAAACUGUUUAUGCGAGAACAACCUGCGUUUAGAAAUUCUUUCUGGACUAUCAAUUGAUGGCGCAACAACUAUGAUUGGCAAAGAAAAGGGAGCU